AAAAUAAACCUAUUGAUACCGUUUCCCGUUGAUUCGACAAUGUCUGGAGCUCGAGUUAUCAUUGAGAGUCUAUCUUCGUUGGCUGCCCAGCCCGAUUUUGAGCAGGAUGCAGAGGCGCUCGCGUCGGUGUCGCAACUUGCCAAACAGCUCCAGCUCUCGGCUCAGAAGCCGGCGGACGCUGCCAUAGAGCUUGCCUUCCACCCCAUAUUCUUAGCCACAAUCCGCGUCGCCAUCAAUUUGAAGCUGUUCCAUCACAUAGCAAAUGCGCAAGCAGCAAUCACUGCCGCUGAGCUCUCCCAGCUAUCAGGAUGUCCAGAAAACCUUCUUUUGCGUCUCUUGAGGCCCAUCGCUGCCCUUGGAUUCGUCCAUGAAGCUGGUGAAGGACAGUGGUCGACGACUCCCAUCACAAAAGUCAUGUGUGCCCCCCCAAUAGAAGCCGCACACAUUCAUUUCUGGGACCAAGGCACGACAGCAGCUAUCAAAAUGCACCAAUACUUCGAGGAAAAAGGCUACCAGCAACCCGAAGACCCGCGAAACGGUCUUUUUCAAUAUUCUCACGGCACAGAAAAAGAGGCCUUUGAGCUUUGGACCUCACAACCUGAUGUCAUUACCAACUUCAACACCUUCAUGACCGGCAACCGUGGCUCGCGUCCGAGCUGGAUCGAGUGGUACCCCGUCGAAGAACGGCUACUGAAUGCCGACGUGUCACUGGGAGAAGAAGACGUUUUGCUGGUCGAUAUCGCUGGCGGGCGCGGCCAUGAUGUUCAGGCGUUUGGGAGGAAGUUUGCAUCGCACAAAGGGCGACUGGUACUGGAAGACCUGCCACCGGUCAUUGCCGAUAUCAGCGCUCUCGACGACCGUGUUGAGCGCGUGGCGCAUGAUUUCUUCACGCUUCAACCUAUCCAGGGCGCGCGAAUCUACUUUUUCCACUUCAUAUUGCACGACUGGUCCGACAAAGUCUGCAAAGACAUCCUCUCGCGCACCAUUGCCGCCAUGAAGCCGGGCCACUCAAAACUCAUACUGAACGAGUUCAUCCUGCCGAACCAAGGCAGCACUCUUUUCCACGCAGGGUUCGAUCUGCACAUGAUGACAAUGCACGCGGCGCAGGAACGGACAGAGAGACAGUGGAAGACGCUGCUGGAAGGGGCUGGGCUGGCUUCUAUUUCGUUUUGGAUCCCGCCUGGAGGUGGUGAGGGGAUUAUUGAAGCGGAGGUUCCUGUGGGGAAAUAG